AUGAUUCAGGAAUAUACUCAAGCUAUUGAUUGUAUCGUCCCAGCAAAAAUAAGUUCCAAGAUCAUCUCUGGAUUUCUUCCAGAGACUGCCUCAAAUCUUUCAAUAGGAUCACAUACACAUUGUAAAAAGCCUAAAAUGCGUGGAAGGCCUAAAGAUGGUUUUACCUGGAGUUACUUUGACGAUGACGAAAAUGGCACAUAUUGGGUUUGUCAAGUAAAGACACCAAUUUCUCUAGACCAUCCAGAGGGUACAUGUAAUAAAAAUAUGCAAACAUAG